AUUAUAUACAAUAAAUAAAUUUAAUUCUUCUUAAUUCAACCCAAAAUUAAAAAAAUAUAUUAAAAAAGAAAAAAAAUACUAAUUUCAUCAACAUAACGAAAAAAUGAAAAUAGUGGCGGUUAUAUUUUAUAACAAGUGUCAGUCAGUCACACGCGCGCAUGUAGUGUUUGUGUUACACGAAUUCUUUUCUUCUCUAUGGUCCGCAAAGGAGCAAGAGUUUCAUAAUUUCCCCGAUCGGAGGAAGACGUUAAUGGCAAAUCUGCCUCAAUCGCUGUCGAUGAACGUUCCGUUUGGUGGGCCAGGAGCGUCGAAUCCUACUGCUGCUGGAGGUCCGGCGAACAAGGAUAGGAAGAUGGCUUCGGCGGAGCACUUGGUGCUUGAUCUGAGUAACCCCGAUCUCAGAGAAAAUGCUCUUCUUGAGCUGUCCAAGAAGAGAGAAUUGUUUCAAGAUUUGGCUCCGUUGUUGUGGAAUUCUUUUGGCACUAUUGCUGCACUUCUGCAGGAGAUAGUUUCUAUAUACCCGGUUCUGUCACCACCAAACCUAACUCCAGCCCAGUCAAAUCGAGUCUGCAAUGCACUGGCUCUCCUUCAGUGUGUGGCUUCUCAUCCAGACACAAGGAUGUUAUUCCUAAAUGCUCAUAUACCCUUGUAUCUGUAUCCUUUCCUCAAUACAACAAGCAAAUCAAGGCCUUUUGAGUAUUUGAGGCUUACUAGCUUAGGUGUCAUUGGUGCCUUAGUGAAGGUUGAUGAUACAGAAGUUAUUAGCUUUCUUCUGUCAACAGAAAUUAUUCCACUCUGCCUGCGGACUAUGGAGAUGGGCAGUGAAUUGUCAAAGACAGUUGCGACCUUUAUAGUUCAGAAGAUUCUGUUGGAUGAUGUGGGCUUGGACUAUAUUUGUACAACUGCAGAGCGGUUUUUUGCAGUUGGUCGUGUUUUGGGGAAUAUGGUUGCAGCACUUGCAGAGCAGCCCUCAUCAAGGCUACUGAAACAUAUUAUUCGAUGUUAUCUUCGCUUGUCAGAUAAUCCUAGGGCUUGUGAUGCAUUAAGAAGUUGUCUUCCAGACAUGUUACGAGAUGCCACCUUUAGUAGUUGCCUUCGUGAAGAUCCAACAACAAGAAGGUGGUUGCAACAGUUGCUUCACAUGGUAGGCGCGAGUCGUGUUCCAACCAUUCAAGCUGGAGGAGGAUUUGAUCACAUGCUAGUGAACUAAACUCGAGUUUCUGCUAUUCACUGCCCGCUGUCACUGAUCCAACAUAGGAGUAGCAGGCAAGGAGUUAGCCAUUUUUCUAACCCAUGCCUCUGUGUUUGUGAAUUUAGUAUUUUUUUAAUUAGUGAUUUAUUAUAUGCUAACUCCUACGAAGACAAGGUUUGGACACCAAAGCUGGUCUGAUAGUUUUUCUACGCUAGAUUGUGUAAUUUACGUAAACUAUGUUUUAUUGUAGCUAUAAUGAAAAGAAUGAUCAAGCUCAUACAGUUUGACCAUGUUUGUGAUACCUGCCGUUAUGUCAACACCUUCAUGUAUAGUAGAAACCAUUGCCAGAAUAAAAAGUAGUUUUGUUU